GUUGGAGUAAACCGCGCAGGAUCCUCCCGGCGGGGUGCGUUCGAUUGUUUGCAUACACCGCUGCAGAAGAACAGGUCUGCUUCUCCAACCUGUUCAGGUAGUUUGCGUCGCGUCACGGAACGUAACGUGUCACCGGUACGGAUGGGUAGAUCCAUUGCUUUCUUCAAAGUAAAGAGUUCGAGCUGGGAGCGGACAAGGGCUCUGUGAUUAUGUCCUUGUCGUGUCGGCUCUAAUUGGAAGCACCGCACUCUGCAUUACCAUGUCCGGAGUGGUGCGGGCGCAGCUCUCUGCGGAGACACGACGAUGACCGCGGCCAGUCGCCGGAGCGCAGACAGAUUCUAGUCGCAGAUGGACGACCGACGGAAAAGGAAGCUGACGUUCUGCACCAUAGGACUCAUCUUCCUCCUGAGCGGCGUGGAAUAUGCUGUGAUAUUGCCCACAAUAUGGCGGUACUUGCAGACUUUAGAUGCAGCGCCGUACUUCCUGGGUUUGGCACUGUCAGCGUUCAGCUUGAGUGGCCUCCUGUCGGGACCGCUGUUUGGCCACUGGUCGGACAGAACACAGGCCACCAAGAAGAUAAUCUUGUUUGCCAACAUUUUCGAGAUAGUUGGUAAUUUCAUGUACUUCAUGGGCUACUCCAAGUGGCUCUUACUGUCAAGCAGAUUGGUCGCAGGCAUUGGCACGGGUGCGGGCGCAUCCAUCUUUGGCCUCCUGACCAGAAGCACUGCUCCAGAGGACCGUGCCACAAUAUUCGCAGCUGCCAUGGCGUGUCGACAAGCUGGCCUUCUGAUUGGUCCAGCAUUCAACAUCUUCCUGAGGCUGUGCGAUUUUCGCCUGGGUCCUUUUGUAGUCAAUAAAUAUACUGCUCCGGGGCUGUUCAUGUGCUCGAUGUGGAUUCUCCUUCAGCUGGUGGUGGUCUUCAUGUACUGGGACCUACCACCUCUGGAGAGAAGAAAACCACAGCAUGGCUCAACAGCCAACAGCGUGGGCGAGGAGAACGAGAAAGAGGACGAGCAUGGGCUUACGGAAGACGGGGAAGAGGGCAACGAUGAGGGAAAGCCGCUAAUGGGGUCCCAGGAGCUGGUGGGGUCCUACGGCUCAGUGGUGACGCCCAACGCCCAGAGGAGGAACAACGUCUCCUCUGCCUCCAAUGCCACUUUGAAUCACAUCUCCCCACCUCAAUCUCCACCUCCUUCAGAGACCCUGGAGUCCUCCACCACCGUUAAGAAUUUCAGUAAAUCUCGAGAGUUCUUGAGAGAAGAGGUGGUUGUGCUGUUGGCUGCUCAGUUCAUCGUCUUCUUCAAUCAGACAGCACUGGAGACCAUGGUGACUCCAUUGACUCAGAAGUACUUUGGCUACAAGGAAGUAGAGAACAGCGUGAUGUACUGCCUCUGUGGCGUGGAGGUGAUCGCUGGCUUCUUCUUUGUGCGCUGGCUGAGCCAGCGUGUAGCUGAGCGGGUGGUCCUGGUCAUCGGCUUGGCCAUCUUGAACAUCUCCGGUGUCUGGUGCCUCAUCUUCCUGGCUAAACCACUAGGUGCUUUUCCUUGGCAGCUGACUGAGUUCGUCAUUGGGGUGUUUCUGCAGGUUUUGGGUUUGCCCUUUGUAGCGGUGGCCCAGGUUUCCCUCUUCUCCAAAGUCACCUCUGAGAGAACACAAGGUUUCAGUCAGGGAGUGCGUCGCUCAGUGGGAGGUCUAGCUACCAUCCUGGGCCCGCUGUGGGCUGGUGGCCUUACUGAGAAUAUAUACAUCAUGAUGGGGGUGAUAUGUGCACUGCUGGUACUGCUCACAAUUAUGCUGGCUUUCUCAUAUGACCGUCUGGUUGAACCUACUGCUGAGGAACGAGCUGACAGCCCAGACACCUGUGCUUAAUCCGGAAGCAUGCAUAUCAUUCCACCUCUAGAGUGUUUGCCUAAAACAUGGACUUGUCAACCUUUGUGUGCAGCGGUGGAUGGAAGUUUUGGUGUAUAUACAUAUAUUUCCUAUGGAAAUAUAGAAUCAAGAUGGCACCACAUGUGCGCGCUUCGACCUUUUGCGGUUCUGCAGUACCAAAUAGGUGCAUCACACAUUCUGCUUAACCUUCUGAUUACUAGUGAAUAAAUUCAAAUGCCAAAUGGUUGUGUUUUUAGCUGACCUCUGACCUUGUGUUGCAGCAGAAUCAAGGUUCUGUGUAAACUUUUUUUAAACUUUAUUUGGAAAGAGGAUGUUUAUUGUCUUUUCAAAUGAAAUAUUCAAAUGAUUGACCAGACUUUUACUUUGCAAAUGCAUAAGAAGGAUUGCAACUUUGAUUGAACAUAAUUUCUAAACACUUAUUUAUUCACAUACAUUUAAUCUCUGUCUGAUAUAUGUAUAAACAUAUGUCCUUGAACACACAACAAAAAACUUUUAUUUAUUAAUUUAAUAUUUCAGAAUGACCAUGAAGCAAUAUGUGUGUGUGUUUGCGUCAAUGUCUGUUACAAGAACUACUAACACUUACACAAACAAAUUGCAUUAAUGUGUGUUUUACCUGUUUAUAUCAAUAUGAUGAAAAUGCUGUUUUAAAGGUAUAAUGCACAACCUGGCAGUAAUAAACUUCUCAGGGAAACAUUUAAUACUUGUAGUCUCUGGUGUAAAAAUGGACACAGUAGUAGAUGUUACAAUUUGUCUCUAUAUCAUUAAUUGGUAAAUUGAUUGAUUAAUUAAGAAAUAUUGGAACCCCUCUGUCUUAGAAAAACAAACAUAUAUAAUAGGUGGCUAUUAAAUUCUGUAAAGGCUGUUGAAUUAUUAAACUAUUUUCCUGCUUCGAAAAGAGCAGAGCAAUACACACGUGUGAUAUUUUGUUGGGGAUGUGGUACAUAUUUUCAACACUGGUGGGCGCUCUUGGUCUUUGUUUCAAAGUAUGCGUUUGCCAUAAUUAAGUCUGGUGUGUGUUGUUUGAUCCUUGUUUUCCAGAUUGCACUAUUGCAAAAGUAAGAGUGUAAAAAAAUAGUCAUGUAUUUGUUUUAGGUGAUUGUACAGAAAACAAAUAAAUUUAUCAGUAAAAGAA